AUGACGACGCUUAAGAUCCGUCUUGUGGCCGAGGAGCCCGUGACAUCGAUGACACCGGACGACGAUAACCCCUACGAUGCAAAACAGCCCUACAACGCAGACGAAGAGGCGCUGGCAGCACUAGGAUACAAAUCUGAAUUCAAGAGAGAGUUUUCGCUCUACGCCACGUGCGCCGUGAGCUUUGCAAUCCUAGGGCUUCUCCCGAGUUUUGCAUCGACACUCUUUUUCAGCAUGGGAUACGCGGGUACCGCAGGCAUGGCUUGGGGGUGGCCGAUAGCAAUGAUUGGCAUUCAGUGCGUGGCUCUGAGCAUGGCAGAGCUGUGCAGCAGUAUGCCCACCAGCGGAGGAAUGUACUAUGCAGCUGCUGUGCUGGCGCCUCCAGCGUGGGCGCCAUUUGCAUCGUGGGUUACGUGCUGGAGUAAUUGGCUGGUGCAGAUUACGGGGGCUCCUUCUGUGAACUACGGCAUCUCAUCCAUGAUUCUGGCAGCGGCGAGUAUUACCAAUCCGUCCUACAAACCAAGCAACCUCCACACUUUUCUGCUCGCAUCCUGUAUCAUGAUUAUCCACGGCGUCAUCUCCUCGAUGCCGACGCGGUGGCUCGCACAAUUCAACUCUGCAGGCUCGACUUUCAACUUCCUCGCCGUCGUCGCUGUCCUCAUUAUGAUUCCCGCCGGCACUGACCGCCCUGAGCGCGGCCUCUCGCGUUUCACCCCUUCGACCGAAGUCUGGGGCACUAUCCACCAGGGCACGUCGUUCCCGCCGGGUAUCUGCGUGCUCAUGUCGUUUAUCGGUGUCAUUUGGACCAUGUCCGGAAUCAGCGCGCCCUUCCAUCUCUCCGAGGAAUGCUCAAAUGCAAAUGUCGCGGCGCCCCGCGCUAUCAUUGCUACGUCGAGUAUCGGUGGCGUGCUCGGAUGGGCCCUGCAGCUUGUCGUUGCGUACACCGUCGUUGAUAUCCCCGCUGUCAUUGCGUCGCCGCUCGGCCAGCCCUUUGCUGCGUACCUGAUGCAGUGCAUGACGCAGAAGAUGGCGCUGUGUAUCCUUGCGCUGACGGUUAUCGCAGGGUUUAGUAUGGGACAGGGUUGCAUGCUUGCGGCGAGUAGAGUCACGUUUGCGUAUGCCCGUGAUGGCGUCUUUCCCGGAAGUAACAUCUGGAAGGUGGUUAAUCCGUAUACUAAGACUCCCGUCAAUGCUGUGUGGGGAAAUGCCGUUAUUGGGAUUUUUCUUUUAACACUUAUUUUCGGUGGCAAUCUUGCGGUUGGAGCACUGUUUUCGAUUGGCGGUAUUGCUGCGUUUACAUCUUUCACUAUUCCUAUUGCCAUUCGCAUCCUCUUUGUUGGAGACCGCUUCCGACCUGGUCCGUGGAACUUGGGCAAGUACUCGAUUGCUUGUGGUACUGUCGCCUGCUCUUUUGUCGCUCUCAUGAUCCCGAUUCUCUGCUUCCCCAGUGUCACUGGCAAUCAAUUGACCGCUAAAACAAUGAACUGGACGUCAGUUUGUUACGGCAGCCCAAUGUUCAUCAUCAUAUGUUGGUGGUUCAUCUCUGCGCACAAGUGGUUCACGGGUCCCAAGGUGAAUGUUGAGCAUAUGAUGAUUGGCCGCGAUGUCAUCAUGGUAGAUGGCCAGGAAGUGGCAAGUGAUAGCGGUAGUGAUGGUGCUAAUGUCUCUUCGGAUAAGGUUGUCAAAUCAUGA